GCUGUGUUCUUCAUUUCGAUUGAUUUCUGUUCAGCAUAGGCUUAGAGCACUUGUCGGAAGUCAACUUUUUGAACGAGGUUCAAAUAGGGGGUGCUUUUACUGACAAGAUGGCUGACACAAUAUCUAUCGAAGAAGCCAACAAGAUUCGUGCCAGUCUUGGCAUGAAGCCUCUGCCAGUUCCUGGUGGCGGAGGUGGUCUCGCAUUCAAGGAAUCCAACGAUUCGGACAGCUCUGCUGAAAAGGAGGAUCAGGGAAGCACGCUCGAGUCUCGUCAGGCCGAGGGAUAUGAAAACUGGAGGAAGCUAGAAGUCGAAGCUGAGGCAAAGGCGAAACGAGAAGCGAAGAGCGCGGCAAUCAAGAAGGCACGGGACGUGGCGCUUCGAAAUGCCAAGCUUGAAGGCAAAGGUUUAGGCGAAGCAGAUGAUGCUGGGGAUGUUGAUACAAGGACGUGGCUGAUUCAGCAGAAGAAGCGCCAAAAGAAGAUUGAAAAGGCGCGGAAAUUGGAAGAAGAAUUGGCGGAGCGCGAGCAACAGGCCAUCUACGGCUCGGAGGACUUGGCCGGACUAAAGGUCGGCCACGAACUUAAUGACUUUUCCGGGGACGGCGAACAAGUGUUGACAUUGAAGGACACUACGAUUGACGAAAACGAAGAGGAAGGCGAUGAGCUGGAAAACUUGGACAUGCGCGAGCGGGAGAAGCUUUCAGAAAAGCUGGAGCUUAAGAAGAAGAAACCUGCAUACAAUCCCAACGAUUUGUCUGAUGAUAAGCACGGAAUUUUGCAACAAUACGACGAUGAAAUCGAUGGAAAGAGCAGAAACCGGUUCACGCUCGACGCGCAAGGAACCACGGCGCAAGCGCCCGCGUCAAAGGCGGAAGGGGUCAUAACACAAGCCAAGCCAAAAGCUAUAAGCCUUGAUAUAUUGAAUGAAAUACCAGCUUCCGACUAUCAAGAACCUGCAGAGGUUAAACUCCGCAAACCAAAGAAAAAGAAGGCCAAGUCCACUCGCAAAAAGGCCUCAGAUGAGGACGACAUUUUCCCCAGUGGCGAGAACAUCCCAUCUGCGGAACAAAACGGAGACAGUAUGGAGGUUGAUUCGGGCAUUGCGCCGGUGGCUGCAAAUCGAAAACGCACCCUUGAAGACACAUCGCUGGUGGAUGAUGAUGACCUUCAAGCCUCGUUGGCUCGCCAGCGACGCGAGGCUUUGAAGAAGCGGAAGAAGACCAAGCCUGAAGAUAUUGCGCGACAAAUGCGUGAAGAGGCAUCGGCCACGCCCAUGGAAACACACGGCAACUCUCCGGAGGAAGAAGAGGAAGAACCAGGUCUUAUCAUAGACGAAACCUCUGAAUUUGUCGCCAACUUGCAGAAACCUACCGUUCCUGAGCCGAGACGCUCAACGUCUCGGCCGGCCAACGGCAUCAGAUCUGAAGAAGACUCUCCUGCGGCACUACCGCCCGAUGAGGAGGGAGAUGUGGACAUGGAGCGUUCCUACAACGAUGUCCAAGAUGAGGAAGAAGCCGAGCAGCGCCUUAAGCGGGAGACUUCAACUCCGGGCCAGCAGCCCAUAACCUCGACAGGUAUAGACGAAGAGACUACCGUCAGUCAAGGCAUGGGCGCGACGCUUUCCAUGCUCACCCAGCGCGGUCUAGUUGACAGAGCGGACAGCGGCAACCUCAACGCGCUGCAUCGGGAGCGACAGCGCUUUUUGGCCGAGAAGCAGAGGCGCGAAGAUGAAGCCGAGCGCCGAGCCCGCCUUCAGCGUGAGCGUGACCGAUCGAGCGGUAAACUUGACCGCAUGUCUGCGCGUGAGCGUGAGGAAUAUGCCCGAUUUGAGAACCGGCAACGUGACCAAGCCGAGUCACGCCAGAUGGCCGACAUCUUCAACAAGGAGUACAAACCAGAUGUUCAGCUCCGCUACACAGACGAGUUUGGCCGCCAGAUGAGCCAGAAGGAGGCCUUUAAGCACCUCAGUCAUCAGUUCCACGGCAAGGGCUCUGGCAAGCAAAAGACUGAGAAACGGUUGAAGAAGAUUGAAGACGAAAAGAAACGUGCUGCUGCUAGCAGUCUUGAUAGCAGCGAGGCCACCGGCAUGAACAAUGCUAUGGGUGCUACGGCAAAGAAGAACCGACAGGCCGGUGUCCGACUGGCUUAAGAGUCAAGGUUUACAUGUCUAAAGAUUCAAGCAAAAUUCUUGAUUGGGGCAAAUACACUCUACUGUUCCCCGGUUCGAUCGUCUAACGGAUAUUUGCCCCACUAUUCCAACCCACUCCUUUUUCUUUUUCUUUUCUUUUUUUUUCCCCCUCUUUCAAUUAUAUCAAUAGGCAAAACAAGGCAAAAUAAUUUAGCGGGCGUUUUGGGAUUCCUGGGGCGCGAGGUGCAAUUACCUUAUCCAUAUCACGUCGUUGGUCGUGUACAUACGCUUAGCACGUGUUUGCAAAACCGAUAGAGGGCUACCUUUGGUGCAUUUCAAGCGAACGGCAUAUUUUGAAAUUGAACAUAUAGUUUGAAUAUGAUUACCUACAAAUGUCAAUAUCUUUGCAAACAAGCUCUAGGCCAAGGGAUUUCCUUCUACUGUGAUGAAGGCGUCG